UGUGAUUUAGUUAAAAAAUAUUUUACUAUCUUUGUGUUGCCCUGCAGACUGGCCCAGGCGACCCAGGAGAGGACAGACCUGUACGCCAAGCAGGGCCGAGGCAGCCAGUUCACCUCCAAGGAGGAGAGGGACAAGUGGAUCAAGAAGGAGCUGAAGUCUCUGGACCAGGCCAUCAACGACAAAAAGAGGCAGAUCGCAGCCAUCAACAAAGACCUGGAGGACACGGAGACCAACAAGGAGAAGAACCUCGAGCAGUAUACCGUGUGCCGCUACCUGUGGCGGGAGGAGAACGCAGAGCAGCAGGCCCUGGCCGCCAAACGAGAAGAGCUGGAGAAGAAGCAGCAGCUCCUCCGAGCGGCCACCGGCAAGUCUAUUCUGAACGGCAGUGACAGCAUCAACAAAGUCCUUGAGCAUUUCCGUCGUAAGGGUAUCAACCAGCAUGUCAUCAGUGGUUACCAUGGCAUCGUCAUGAAUAACUUUGAGUGUGAGCCCGCCUUUUAUACCUGUGUCGAGGUGACAGCUGGAACCAGACUGUUUUAUCACAUUGUGGAGACUGACGAGGUCAGCACCAAAAUACUGAUGGAGUUCAACAAAAUGAACCUGCCUGGAGAAGUCACAUUCCUGCCCCUGACCAAGCUGGACGUCAGGGACACCGCCUACCCAGAGACAAACGAUGCCAUUCCCAUGAUCAGCAAGCUGCGCUACAGCAACACCUUCGACAAGGCCUUCAAGCACGUGUUCGGGAAGACUCUGAUCUGUCGCAGCAUGGAAGUCUCCACCCAGCUGGCCAGAGCCUUCACCAUGGACUGUAUCACUCUGGAGGGUGACCAGGUGAGUCACCGCGGAGCUCUGACCGGAGGCUACUACGACACCAGGAAGUCUCGCCUGGAGCUGCAGAAAGACAUGAGGAAGGCCGAGGAGGAGCUGGGGGAGCUGGAGGCCAAGCUCAACGAGAACCUGCGCCGGAACAUCGAACGUAUCAACAAUGAGAUUGACCAGCUGAUGAACCAGAUGCAGCAGAUCGAGACUCAGCAGAGGAAGUUUAAGGCGUCCAGAGACAGUAUUCUGUCUGAGAUGAAGAUGCUGAAGGAGAAGAGGCAGCAGUCAGAGAAGACCUUCAUGCCCAAGCAACGCAGCCUGCAGAGUCUGGAGGCCAGCCUCCACGCCAUGGAGUCCACCAGGGAGUCACUGAAGGCCGAGCUCGGCACAGACCUGCUCUCUCAGCUCAGCCUGGACGACCAGAGGCGCGUCGAUGACCUCAACGACGAGAUCCGCCAGCUUCAGCAGGACAACAGACAGUUGUUGAAUGAGAGGAUUAAGCUGGAGGGCAUAAUGACCAGAGUGGAAACGUAUCUCAACGAGAACUUACGGAAACGUCUUGACCAAGUGGAGCAGAAAGUUAGCAUCCACAUUAAUCUUGAUCUUCUGGUCGACAAGAUCGAGGUCGAGAUCAAGGACCACAUAAAGAGCAUGGAGCGCUGGAAGAACAUCGAGAAGGAUCAGAAUGACGCCAUCAACAGCGACACCAAGGAGCUGGAGAAGAUGACCAACAGGCAGGGCAUGCUGCUCAAGAAGAAAGAGGAGUGCAUGAAGAAGAUCCGAGAGCUCGGCUCGCUGCCUCAGGAGGCCUUCGAGAAGUAUCAGACCCUCUCAAUCAAACAG